CAUGUCAGUGCGCACGUCGCUACGCUGAUCGAGCACACUUACGGCGGCAAUGUCUCUAAGCGGACGUCUGGCCCUGGUGACGGGAGGCGCCAGCGGCAUCGGCGCGGCCGUCUGCCAGGUUCUGGCCGAAGAUGGUGCUGUAGUGGUAGUCGCUGACAAACAGCUUGAGGCCGCAAGGAAAGUCGCCGACUCUCUACCAGGUGAUGCAAGGCACCAGGCUGUGUACCUGGAUGUCGGCGAUUCUGCUUCUGUGGAGCAGCUGUUUACCUACAUCAAAGGCACGUACGAAGCAUUGCCGUUAAGUGCCGUCGUCAACUGCGCCGGCAUUGGAGGCUUAGCACCUAUCGUGGACUGCAGCGACGAACUUUUCGACGACGUCAUCAGGGUCAACCUGAAGGGCACUUUCCUGGUGACCCGAGAAGCCAGCCGCUACAUGCUCAGCUCGGGCCAGCCAAUGCCCGAGGGAGGCGCAGCCAUCGUAAACGUUGCCAGCAUCUUUGGCAAGACCGGCCAAGAAAGUUGUGCUCCUUACGCCGCUUCCAAGAACGGCGUCGUAGCACUGACCAAAUCGGCAGCGCAAGAACUGGGGGCGCACGGCAUUCGCUGCAACGCCGUGCUGCCAGGUUGGAUUGAGACCCCCAUGAGCGCAGGGGCGCCUGAAGCCUGGAGAGCAGUGGCGAUCGCUACGACGCCGCUUGGAAGAACCGCUCAGCCGAGAGAAGUCGCGGAGACCAUCAAAUUUCUGUGCUCGCCAACCUCGAGCUCUUUCGUCACGGGUGCCGCGAUUGAAGUCUCGGGAGGUUGGCGCAUGUGAGCUCCCGCUCGAUAAUUCUACGAAAACAGGGGCAGACGUUUAUCACGUGGUCCGAGGCACUGGGAUCGUAAUGGCUUUACCUGGAGAUGCGAAACAAGCAAUAAAUAUGUGGCCUGGCAUUGUGCCAGAGGUCGUAUCCUGUUUCAA